GUAGCAAGACCCAGGCUUCGUGGACAUCAGAAUGUUGGUUCUGAGUAACUUACCCAUUGGAACUGGGCCAAAUGGCAUCGAGAAAGCCUGGCCCAACCGCUUCGGUCCUUUGAAGCUUUCACCUAGGCAGUUCCUUUUUCUUCCCUCCCAGCAUAGAGGUUUUGGUAGGGUUUUUUGGUCCAGACUCCAGAGCCAUUAUUGUCUUCGCCCCUCUCUCUCAGUUGUCUUCGCAGAACCUGACACCUACUGGUAAAUUCCCCACUGCGCCUUCCCGUUUCGAUUUGUUGAGAAACCCAUCUUCUUUGAUUCGAAGGAUUGUCGAACAAGGGUUAAAAAAAUAAAGAUUCAGCUUUUCCCAGCUACAUCUAUGGCGAAGAAACGGAAGCAUAGCGAAACAGCGUUGGCGGCGGCGGCGGCACCUCAAAAGAAAGAGGAAGUUGCUCCCGAGCGACCCAAAAGAACCCUUCUUGGAUGGAAGGACAAAGAGGCUGCUGCCGUUGUUGCUCCUGCUGAAGACAAAGACGAUGAAAUUCAUCAGCCUGCGAAUUUCAGGAAUAAAGAGAAGGUUUUAGUCACUUGCUCCCGCCGAAUCGCUUACAGGUACCGGCACCUGAUGUUGAACGUAGUUUCCCUGCUUCCCCAUUGCAAGAAAGAUAAUAAGGUUGAAUCUCAAAGCAGCAAAGGGGUUGCACUCAGUGAGAUGGUUGAGCUAAAGAGCUGCUCUUCCUGUUUGUUCUUUGAGUGCAGGAAGCACAAAGACCUAUAUCUAUGGAUGGCAAAGUGUCCUAGUGGACCAUCGGUGAAAUUCCUAGUUAAUGCUGUGCACACAAUGGAAGAGCUGAAGCUUACUGGGAAUCAUCUAAAAGGAUCACGCCCACUUUUAACUUUCUCAGCUAAUUUUGACAAAGAUGCCCACUGGAAGCUUUUGAAGGAAAUGAUUACUCAGAUAUUUGGAGUUCCAAAAGAGCACAGGAAAUCCAAGCCUUAUCAUGAUCACGUCUUUGUCUUCUCCAUUGUGGAUGACCAUAUAUGGUUUCGCAAUUACCAGAUAUCAGUACCUCACAAUGAAGCGGAUAAAGUGGCUCGUGGAGGCCUGGACAAGAUGACCCUUGUUGAGGUCGGUCCAAGGUUCUGUUUGAACCCUAUCAAGAUAUUCGGUGGCAGUUUCGGCGGCCCAACUCUGUAUGAGAAUCCAUUCUACAUAUCUCCCAACCAGAUAAGGGCUCUAGAGAAGCGGAAGACUGCCGGGAAAUAUGCCAAGAAGGUCAAAGCCAAGACGAGAAGGAAGGUGCACGAGUUAUCGAAUCAGCUGGAGGCUGGCGAAUUUUCUGAGAUGUGGAAGGACCAGUGAGUAGAGUCUUGGGCAGGUUUCUUAGAUGAAAGCUUUUUGAGGGCAUCUGUUGUGUUAUACAUCACAAAACAUGCAAUUACUCUGUAUUCAGCAUUAUGACAUGAGUUAUCAGCAGCACAGCUGUUUUCCUUCUCCACAAUUCGUGUGUGUUAAAGCAAGUUGCAAUUGGUUUCUUCAUUCACACCGUUCCUCUUCUUGCCAGCCAUCUCGAUCAACUAUAAGAUAUCAGUCGUCGGAUGUUAGCACUCACUAAUUACAAUCUUUGAGUUUCAUGAUGAAUGUAAAAAUUUUAUGUCAAAGAGGAAACAUACAGAAAUGAGCUUGUCCAUCGAAAGCAAUGUGCAAUUUGGUUUUGGUGCACGAGCUUGUCCAUCGCCCACCAACGUGGUUGCUCCUCCUUGUUUUCCAUGUACUCUGGCAAGAGUCUUGUUCAAAGCCUCUACAUCUGCAGGCACGAGACUGUAAUCAAUUGGUUGCUACCUGUUAUGUCUCUUUUGGAUCUAUAAGCAUCUGCUGUAAUUAACCUUUGGGAUCAUGAAGUUUGAUGAUAAAAUUGUAACAUUGCUGCCCAUAAUGAUCUUCGGCUUAUGGCCAUUCUCUUGUUUUGGGUUUUAUCUUUCUUGAAUCUUCACCUACAAAAGCUUAAAAGGAUUCGUUGUCAAAUCAAUUUAUGUCAUUAAGCUGGUCCAAAUCAUGAAAAUAUAUGUGUAUAUUGUUGGGGGCAUUCGGGGCCCAAAAGAAGAGCCCAAAAAGUCGAGAAAGGCCAAGGAUGUGGGCCUGACAAGAGAAAGCCCAUCCAAAGGGGGCCUGAAGUGGGGACCUGGGUGUGGGACCCAAGCUUGACGUAAGGCGCAUAACGACAAAAGGGGUAACGGCUGGGGAUGUACGGAGGGAACAGGAAGUGGGACCAUGCGCCUCAGCAACGGGGUCGGGUGUCAGAAUAUUGGGGCGCAUGCCUGGGGUAAAGUACGGUGCAUUAAAUAGGAUGAUGACGU